GACCUUCCACGUCGAGCCUCUCUCAUCAUCGUCGGUGUGCCUCAGGCGCCCGGCUGGCUGGCACCGGGAUCCCGACGUUCCCCGCGCCCCGCCGCCGCAUUCCAUCUCCGGCCCAUCAAUCACCGCCGUCGCCGCCGUCCCGCCUUCCGGAGAGCCCAUUGAUCCCGCGCGCCCGCCCGGCACAGCAAUGACACUCGCGCUGCGGCUCACGCCACGGCCGGUGCUGCUCACAGCCGUACUCGCCAUGAUGAGCCUCUUCACCGUUGCCGCCGCCGGCCAGCUCGCCAUCUACAACGGCUCCCAAAAGUACACGUACCACGGCUGCUACAACGAGACGACCGAGAUCCCCGGAUCGGACCACACGCGCGCCCUCGGCAGCGGCAUCAACGAGGUUAGGGGCGGCGUCAUGACGGUGCCCCUAUGUCUGUCCUUUUGCUCAACCGGCGACACCGAGUACCGCUACGCGGGGCUCGAGUGGGCGAGGGAAUGCUGGUGCGCGCAGAGCAUCGCCGGCAUCUCAGCCAAGCUCGACGACAAGCAGUGCAACUUCCCCUGCGAGGGCGACAACACCACCGCCUGCGGCGCGUCCCUCAAGCUGUCCGUGUACCGCCUGGCCAGCUCGGCGCCGCCGAGGCCCGCCGUCGCCGCCUUCUCCGCCUCCGCCCUGCUCGCCUGCUGCGUCGGGGCUGCGUUGGCCGUUUCGUUAUGACCAUAGCGGCGCGGGGCGUCAUCGCCAAGGGGGGGUGGGAAGGAUUCUCGUGAGGCGCGGAAAAGGAGGAGGAGGAGGAGGAAGAGCAUGUGCGGAUGGAUGGAUGGGGCGCACACAAACGUGUGAUGGACAUAGCGAGCGGGACAUACAGUGGCAUAGACUUGCAUUCAUUAAUUCAACGUUU